ACUCAUCAAGCACCACCGGAUUAAUCCUACGUCAGUGCGGGAGGAGGGCAAAUUAGAUGCUUCACAACACUCCGACCAUUAUAAAUACAGCCCGCUACAACUCGGCACUCAUAAAUCACCGGUGAUUGUGCAACCUAACUUAUUGUGAUACGAUGAUUGCGAAAGUAAUUGGACUAUUGUGCGUCGUGCUUGCGCUGGCACUCGCUGAGGACAAAUAUACAUCCAAAUAUGACAACUUCAACAUAACGGAGGUGCUGGAGAACCCAAGGCUAAGGCAAGCCUAUGGCAACUGUAUGCUUGGUAAGGGGAAAUGCACCCCUGAAGGAAAGGAACUCACAGAACAUAUGCAGGAAGCCCUUGAGACUGGAUGCAAAAAAUGUACCGAUGCCCAAAUAGACGGAACAGCUACCGUGACCGAUUACCUCAUUAAACACGACCCUGCUCUGUGGAAGGAAUUGACUGCAAAGUUUGACCCCACGGGAACCUACAGGAAGCAGUACGAAGACCGUGCUAGAGAAAAGGGUAUUGUCAUCCCUCAAGACUAAUUCUAUGUUCACGGAAACUACAAAUUACUUUUUUUAUAUUUUGGUUACCAAUUGAUUUCUUAAUAAAUAUAUUUAUGAAUUAA